CUUUCAUCGGCCCUCUGGAACAAGGAGAUUUAAUACCAAAAUUCCCAAGAGCAAGGUAUUUCCUGGUGGGGAGAGAAGUUUUUACGUAGAGGUGGGCAGAAGAUGACAACAGAAGGCAUGAUCCGAGCCGUUGUAGAAGCCAUCCAUGCCACACCAAUGCACGCAGUCCUCUUUGUAUCUGGCGGGGCAUCUCAGGCCCUUGGAUGGCUAUUAUCGUUGCCCGGAGCUUCGAACACCGUCCUUGAGGCUCUCGUGCCUUAUUCUCGCCUCUCCAUGACUCAAUUGCUGGGAAAGGUUCCUGCAGCAUUCGUUAGUAAACAAACUGCAGAGGAGAUGGCAUUGCUGGCAUAUAAUCGUGCUUUGAAACUUACUAAAAUAGGUGCUCCGGUUAUGGGGAUUGGAUUCACUGGGUCAUUGGCUAGCACGCAUCCAAAGCACGGGGACCAUCGGUUUUUCUUGUCAACAAGGACAUCGAAUCUAUUAAGGACAUCUAAAAUAACCUUGAUUAAGGGCCUUAGGGAUCGAGAAGAGGAAGAUUGGAUUUCAAGUACAUUUUUACUCCAGGGAUCAAGAUCAGUGUGCCAUCGAGCUAACCGGAGUGGGGUGUACCAAAGUCCUUUAGAGGAAAUGGCGGAUGCAUGUCUGGUUCAAUGUGCGGUAAAUAUGGGAUUGCAGGAAUCUGAGGUGCCUGAAGAAUCUCAAGAGUCAUUUGAUGAGGAUAAGGAGCUACAACAAGUUAUAGAUGGAGAAAUUUCCAUGAAGAUUUAUCCAUUUUCUAGUGAUAUGCAUGCUUUAAAAUCUGAAAGAAAGGUUAUACUACCUGGUUCAUUUAAUCCCUUGCAUGAUGGUCACCUCAAACUUUUGGAAGUUGCUUCAAGAAUGUGCAGUGAUGGUUUUCCUUGCUUUGAGAUAUCUGCUGUAAAUCCAGAUAAGCCACCUUUGACAAUAUGCGAAAUCAAAGAAAGAGUUAAACAAUUUGAACAUGUUGGGAAAACUGUGAUCAUCUCUAAUCUACCUUACUUCUACAAGAAGGCAGAACUGUUUCCUGGCAGUGCUUUUGUAAUUGGCGCAGAUACUGCAGCAAGACUUAUCAAUCCAAAAUAUUAUGGUGGGGAUUAUGGUAGAAUGGUGGAGAUAAUGGUGGGAUGCAAACGAUUAGGUUGCACUUUUGUUGUAGGGGGUCGAAAUGUUGAUGGCACCUUCAAGGUUCUGCGGGAUUUUGACAUCCCAAAUGAGUUAAGAGAUUUAUUCCUUGCAAUACCAGAGGGGGAAUUUCAUAUGGAUAUUUCCUCGACAGAAAUAAGGAAAAGUCGUGGGCAGUAGACAACUUUAUGAUAGUGUUCUGGGUGCUGCAGGUUCAAGUGUUGUAUCAUUUGAUUGGUUUGAAUUAUGUAGGUACAAUUGUUUCUAGAAUCAAAAUGUCAUCCAAAUGCUUAAAAUGUAAAAUUCUUGUCAUAAAAUGGUAUUGUUGUUAUUUUAAAUAAAACACAAGGGUAGUUAUGGAGUGAAA